AUGGCCAGCGGAUACGGCGCAGUGCAAACCGGACUGAUCCCUGUAGGUCUGAACCUGUAUAACCUAGUAUUUAUCUUUUUAAUAUUUGAUUUCUGUUUGAAAUUUCGCGGAAUCACUUUGAAUACGGCAUAAAAAUCGCAUUCAAAAAAAGAUUUUUUUCCUAGCAAAAGGCAAACAUAAUAGUCAGAAUUCCGCCAGUGUGAGCGUAAACAGCUAUGAACAACGAUUUAGUAAAAAAGUAAAUUAGUUUCCAAGAAUCUGAAAGUUGUGCUAAAAUAAAAAUAGCAAUAAAAAGGUUCGGGGUAUUACUGAAAUAUAUAUUCCGUCGUUGUAUCUUAGUAGCCUGAAAAGCUAGUGAAUUUUUUCUUCGUCUACUCGCGCAUAAAAAUUUUUUUUUUGUAGUUAAAUAUAUAGUUUUUUUUCAGACGCUUAUUGAAGCUAACACCGCGGUCAAGACUACCGACGGAUACACCCUUCGUGUGUUCUGCAUUGGCUUCACGAAAAAGAACGCUCAUCAAACGAAGAAGACCUGCUACGCUAAGGCUUCCAAGGUCCGCAAGAUCCGGGCUCGAAUGGUAGAGCAGAUUGAGAAAGAGGUUUCUGAAAUAAGCUUUUGAAGGUUUUAAAACGGAUGAUAUACAGGUCUCUGGCUGCGACUUGAAGGAAGUUUGCUCCAAGCUUAUUCCUGACUCGAUUGGAAAAGAUAUUGAGAAGGCCUGCUAUAAUCUGUUCCCCCUACAAGAAGUGUACAUUCGCAAAGUCAAGAUCAUCAAGAAACCGAAAGUCGAUUUGGGACGAUUGAUGGACCUUCACGGCGACUCUGUAACUGUUGGCGCUGACGGAGAAAAGGUGGACCGCCCUGACGAUUACGAGCCACCAAUUCAAGCGGAAGUUUAA